AUGAAGACGUCUAGAGUCAAACCAGUUUUUCAUGACAUUUGCUUUUAAACAGAGAGGCCGGUAGUUUGAUGCUGAUCCACUGAAAUUAAAAAAUCUGCUGAUUUUAAAACAACAUUGUUUCUUUGUUUCAGCUGCUGAUUCAUUUGGUUGCUUUUCCAGCUUUUUUUCAGUCUGAGAGAUGAAGGAGUAUUGUGGGAGUUUUAUGGCUGUCAACAUGUUGCUGAGUGUCUUCUUUCUUUCAGGUGUUUUUGCUGAGUGUUAUAAGGACCCACAUCUCUUCAUCACUGCACCAAAGCAGAUGGAAGCACUGAGUGGAUCUUGUUUGCUAAUCCCAUGUAGCUUUAGUGAUAGAUCAGGAGAAAUAUUGGAUGGCAACAGAGAAACCUUUGGGGUGUGGAUUAAAAGUGACCCAGAAUAUGGAAAUAAACCAUAUAAUAUCAUUUUUAACAGCAGUGAGUCAGAAAAUCCCUUUAAUAUGACAAUAAUUGGAAACCUGAAACAGAAAAACUGCACCACUUUGUUUUAUAAUUUAAACUCAAGUCAGUCAGACACAUACUUCUUCAGGAUUGAGAACGAAGCGUUCAAGGCAACAGCUUCUUGUGAUCCUGUUAAUAUAAAAGUUAAAGAUUCUCCUCAGAGACCCAGAAUAGAAAUCUCAGGUGAUGUGAAGGACCUGAAGGAGAAGGAGUCUGUCACUAUAACCUGCUCAGCUUUCACUCCCUGUCCACACUCCCCUCCUGAACUCACCUGGAAUCUCCAACAAGACUCUCACAGACAAACAGAGGAAAACACAGAUGGAACCUUUACAACUAAAAUCCAGCAGGACAUCACUCUGUCACACACACAUGAUGGAUACACCAUCACAUGUUCUGCCAGAUAUCCUGUGGAUGAAGGAAAACGUGUGAACACAUCAGAGACAGAAGAGACUCUCAGUGUUUCAUAUGCUCCUAAAGACACCUCAGCAUCCAUCAGUCCAUCAGGUUUGGUGUCAGCAGGUAGCUGGGUGAAGCUGGGCUGCUCCAGCAGAGCCAAGCGUCCCGUCAGCAGCUUCACCUGGUUCAAGAUCAGAACAGAGGGACCCGUUAAUGUGUCUGAGGGACCGGUUCACAGCUUCAAUGCAACGGAUGGAGGAGUUUAUUACUGUGUGGCUCCAAAUAAACUGGGAAACCAGACGUCCCAAGAAAUCUGUCUUAAUAUUAAAGACAUUCAGGAGUUUGGGGCUGUUGUCUACGUUACAGUGCAGAUCCUGCUAAUUGUAAUGCUCUACAGUACAACCGCCAUCUUUGAAUGCUGGAUUAGAUCAAGAUUCUCCAACAAACCAGAGAAGGACGUAGAAGAAGCAGAUUAUGUCAGCAGGGUGAUCCACAUUCAAGCUUCAUGAGCCACAAAGAAGACGAGGAAGAUGUCAAGUUCUCUGUUAGAGGAAGGAUUUCUAUUCUAUCUUCUUUAUUUCUGCAUGAACAUGUGUUAUGUGGUGAAAUAUGAUAUUUAAAUCAUUCUGAAAAGUGAUCUCAGCUCUAAUUUCUAGUUAAACGUAAUCAUUGGUCGUCAUUCUGGUUUGUCUGGUUUGACUUUCUGCCUCAUUUUCUGCUGCUUGUUCUGCUGAUUUGGCUUCGACUCAAGAGUCCAGCAGGUGGACUGAACACUGGACUCACUGGUUGCUACAAACACACAUUAUAACUGUAUUGUUCAGCUACACUGUGUGACCACAACAUCAUAUAAUGACAACAGGUGUGUUUGUAUCACAACAUGUCAUAGAUUCCCUUCACAUGUCAGAGCUGUUUUUUGGAAAAUAACUUUGAUUCUCUUUUACUUUAUGAUCGCAUUCAGACUAGUUUUUAUUGUAUUUAUCUGAGUAAAUUAUCUUCUGAUGGUCUGACAUCAUCCAUCUUUGUCUCUGAUGUACAUAUACAAAUAUUAAAUAUAUGCAGGACUAUAUAUAACAUCUGUUUUCAGUGCUAUGCUGUUCAUCAGCUACAUGUGUGAAAACACAAUCAUGUUUUUAAUGUCUGUAUUGUUAUAAAUGUAACAUAUAGAAUGAUUUAUUAUUGUGUAUAUAACAGAUUAAUAUGUCACCUGAUGACCUGAUGAUGCCACACAUUGGUGAAAUCUUCUUUCACAGGAUAUGAGCAGUAAUGAUAAAGAUUAUUUCUAUAAUAUCUCAUGUGAUAUCUGAUGCUUUGCUGCUGCUGUAGGUUGUUAUUAGCAGCAGGUGGCAGUAAGGGACCGUCUCUAAAGUGUCUUGUGGAUGCUUCUGUGGUGCUGCCAUAAAGGAUCCUCUUGUUUAUUUUAUCUGAUGUAUGAUGCUCUCUUUGUCUUUUAACUAUAACUUCCUGGUUUGAAUAUAUAACUCUAAAGAGCAUCUUUGUUCUUAUAAAACAAUCUGAAGUUUUAUUUCAACUUGUGGUUUUAUCCAAGAACAGGACUCUACCAAAAUGCAUCAUUUGUGGUAAAAUGAUAGCUAAUGAAAGCAUACAAUCAAGCAUGAAUUCAGCAUGGGGAGGGUCAGGGGGUCCAUGUUUUUUUGGCAGAUGCAUGAAAGGGCUCUUCCAGGAAGAUAAUUUCAGCAAAAUUUCUACAAGAACCCACCCCCUCUUUGUUUUGUUUUUGUGUUUUGUUUUGUUUUUUUAAACAAACUUGAAAUGAUGAAUGUCUUUUAUCAGAAGCCAAAAAACUCCUCAGAACUUUACAGCAGAUUUUCAUGGGGCCAAACAUAACGAUGCAUCCAGCCACAUCUGUGAUGUUUGUGAUUAAACUGUAUGAUUGAUGUUUACACACACUAUGUGAUAAUGUUGGACCAAUAAACGCCAAUGAGAUUAUCAGGCGCCAUCGUAGGUUUUCAUUAUAGUGCAGUGAAUAAAUUAAUUAAAAAUUGAAACAAUGUGAGGUAUAUUUAUUAGUAUUUUGCAAU